AUGAAUUUAGUUCUUUCAAAGAGACCACAAAAGAGUUCUAGCUAAGAAUUAUAAAAGAUAUGCAAGGUCUCUCAUGUUUUGACAAAUAUUUUUAAUUUAAAAAUCCAAGAAUAGGUUUAAUCUUAAAUUGAAAAAAAGGAAGAUAAAAAUGAUUAGUCUCAUAUAACUUGCUUUUAAUAUGAUGUAGAAUUUCAACCUGAAGUAUCUGAAGACGACAGAUAGCUAAGAUAUGCAAUAUUUAAGAAAGCAAGGAAAGAUAUAGAAAGAUUAAUAGGCAAAUUUAGCUUUUCUGGAAAAUCUUUUUACUCUCUGAUAAAACCAAUAAAAGAAAAAAUGUAUAAAGAAUAUUUGAAUUUUGACAGUAUUAAAAUAGGUGAAUAAUCAUAUUCUAUGAGAAUUAAGUUUGUGAAGUAAAUAGAAGUUUAGAAUGAUGAAACCGUAGAUUAAUUUUCUAAUAACUAAAUUAACUAAAUUCUAAAUAUCACUUUCAAAGAUAUUUUGAGAGAAGAAAAUUUUAUUGAAAUUGGCAAAAACUCUAAAUUCUAUAAGGAAAAUGAUAUUAAGGAGAGAUAGAUCACUUUAAAAAAUGGUUAUGAUAUUUAAUUUCAAAUUUAUAAAGGUAUAACAUUUUAGAUAUAUCAAACCCUUGAGAAAUACUAAAUAACUCUAGAUUUUACAAGUAGAAUAAUGAGAAAAGAUAAUGCACUGAAAUACUUAAAAGAAUUCAAAAAUGGAAUUAUCGGCUAAUCUGUAAUUACUGCGUAUAACAAUUAUUAAAGAUAUCAAAUAACAGAUUUAGAUAGAACUAAAACUCCAUAGAGUUAAUUUUUAUGGAAUCAAACAAAUAAUUAAAUUUCGUUUUUAGAUUAUUACUACUACAAAUACAGGAUCAAAAUUGAACAUAUUAACCAACCUCUUUUAGUUUCAUUUACAAAAAAGAGAGAUCCUAUUACUAAGCAAUAUCAGAAAAAAAUUAUUUAUUUAGUCCCAGAGCUAUGCCUGAUGGCUGGGUUAAGCUCAAAUGAAAAAAGAAGCAUCAACUAAAUCACUCGUGGAAUUUAACUCAAUCCAAAGGAAAGAUAUGAAUAUACAAUAGAAGAAUCUUAAUUACUUCGCAAAUAAUCAUCUCAUUAAGAAGUCUAUAUAGAUAGUAUUCCAAUAUAAGCUAAAGCCUACAUUUUAAAUCCUCCUAAUAUCAUACUAAAAAAUAGUAAAAUAAUUCCUGAAUAGGGAAAAUUUGAUUUUAAGGGCUAAAUAUUUGAAUGCAAAACUGAUUUUACAGAUUGGAUAAUCAUUUACUCAAACAAAAAUUAGACCCUAGUAAACAAACUUUUAAAAUUAUUUCAAAAUAUCACUUAAAAACUGGAAAUAAAGUAUGAAGAUCCUAAAAUAAUUCAUCAUUCUUUAGUGAAUCCUAAACAUUUAAUAGAAAAAUUAGAUAAAUAUUUUAUUGAAACUGAGUAUUUGCCUAGUUUUAUUGUAACAUUUGGAGACUUAAAUACAAAUUUCUAUUAGUAAAUCAAACAUUUCUUUUGUAUUUUAGCUAAUGUUGAAUCUUAACAUAUUAGUCCUUAAUCUUUAAAAAAUAAAAAUAAAUAUAAAAUUUGCCUUAAUAUCGUCCUAUAAAUAUUAUAAAAGACUGGCAACCAAAUUUGGAAUGUGGAAAUGCCUAUGUAAAUCACAUCGUAGACAAUAAAUACUAUGAUUGUUGGAAUAGAAACUAGCCGAAAUAUAAUCAAAGGAAAAUAAAUUAUUGCCGUUGUUUGCUCUAUCAACAGAAACUUCUCAAGAUAUCUAUCUUAAGUUUACUUUAGAGAAAAAGGUUGCAAAUAGCUUCAUUAAUUGUAGAAAAUUAUAAAAGAUGGAAUACUAAUUUACUAAUAAAUAGUAAAAAAAUUACCAAAACAAAUAAUAAUUUACAAAUAAGGUUAAGGUGAUGACCUAAAACAAAACAGUCAUUUAACUGAAAUAGAAUCUAUUUAAAAUAUUGCAAGCAAUAUUAGUCCUACUUAUUCUCCUAAAUUUGCUUAUUUUAAUGUUAACAAAAAUGUUACAUAAAAGAUUUAUCAAUAAAAUGAAGACAAAGCAAUUUCCAAUCCUAUUCCAGGAACAGUAUUUUCACACGAAACAAGUAAAUCUUAAAUUCAUUUCUAUCUAAUAGCUUAAAAUUGUAGGAAUGGUGUUAGCAUUCCAACAAAAUACAGCCUUUUAUACAACUCAACUGAUUUGAAUUAAGAAACUUUUUGGUAGUUUACAUACUAUUAAACUUUCAACUACUACAAUUAAUAAGGUUCCAUAAGAGUACCCGCAGCCUUGAAAUACGCCGAGAAACUAGCAAAAUAUGUUUUUGAUUAUCUCUAAGAUGACAACUUUGGUGAUUUAAAAAAAAAUUUAUUUUAUCUAUGA